AUGUCGCAGCUGUAUUACCGCCGCACCGACAGCUCCUCGUACCGUGACCGCAUCCCGCUGAGGAUCGUACGAGCGGAGUCGGAGCUGUCACCGCUGGAGAAGGCCUAUCUGGGCGCCGUGGAGAAGGGAGACUAUGGCAGCGUCAAACAGGCCCUGCAGGAAGCAGAAAUCUACUUCAAGAUCAACAUAAACUGCAUCGACCCGCUGGGCCGCACGGCGCUGCUCAUCGCCAUCGAGAACGAGAACCUGGAGAUCAUCGAGCUCCUGCUCAGCUUCAACGUCUACGUCGGCGACGCCCUGCUCCACGCCAUUCGCAAAGAGGUGGUGGGCGCCGUGGAGCUGCUGCUGAACCAUAAGAAGCCAAGCGGAGGCAUGCAGGUUCCUCCGAUCCUAUUGGACAAACAGUUCUCAGACUUCACCCCCGACAUCACCCCCAUCAUCCUGGCAGCGCACACCAACAACUACGAGAUCAUCAAACUGCUUGUGCAGAAGGGAGUGUCCAUGCCCCAGCCACACGAGGUGCGUUGUAACUGCGUGGAGUGUGUGUCCAGCUCCGACGUGGACAGUCUGAGACAUUCUCGCUCUCGCCUCAACAUCUACAGAGCCCUGUCCAGCCCCUCGCUCAUCGCCCUCUCCAGCGAAGACCCCUUCCUCACCGCCUUCAGGCUGAGCUGGGAACUGCAGGAGCUGAGCAAGGUGGAGAAUGAGUUUAAGUCAGAGUACGAGGAGCUGUCUCAUCAGUGUAAGCAGUUUGCCAAAGACCUGCUGGACCAGACUCGCAGCUCCAGAGAACUAGAGAUGAUCCUGAACUACAAGGACGACCACAACCUGCUGGAGGAGGACGGAAACGACCUCGCCCGCCUCAAACUGGCCAUCAAGUACCACCAGAAAGAGGUGAGCGCCCCCUACAGGCCUGCAGACCAAGGCACAAUAGAGAGAAUACAGAGAGUAUCAGGCUGA